AUGGAUUUAUCUUCUGUCCGUGUAUUGCACCUUCAUUAUUCGACACCAAUACCAGGCAGCAUCCUACAUGAUUGGAAACCAAACAUCGAAAUUCUUGCCAUCACCGCCGUGCACCAUCUGGAAAGUUUCUGCAAUACCACGUUGGUGACCAGCGUACGUGUCCUGAUUAGGGAAUGUCACGGGUUUACAAACCCGUACGGGUUGAGGUCGCGGCACGGUUACCAGACAGCGUGGCACGGCAACAACAAUGCAAACGACUCGGAUAUGUCGGUCAGUAGUAGUGACACACAGACCACAGCAACUACAACAACAAUGAGUCAAACACGAUGGAAUAUGGGGGGGAUAGACACAAACAGAGGACAGGCUUACAAGCACCACGACGACGGCACCUGCCAAUGGACCCCACCUUACAGAUCAACGCCAACGCGGUCACAUGCAGUUGCUCACCACCAACCACACAACACGAUACCAUCAAAACACUGGCGCAUGCCCUGUGCCCCAGUUACCAACAACGAUGAGUCAAACACGAUGGAAUAUGGGGGGGAUAGACACAACCAGAGGGUGGGCUUACAAGGUCAACGCCAACACAGUCACAUGCAGUUGCUCACCACCACACAACACGAUGCCGUCAAAACACUGGCCCAUGCCCUGUGCCCCAGUUACCAUUUCCUGACUUUCCGAUCCUCGCAGGGUUGCACGGCAGUAUCGAUUGACACUUGCACUGCCUUUGUGAGGUUCAUUGGUCAUUUCUGGAGGGAUACCUGCACAUGGGUUGGGAACCCCCGGGUUUUUGUAAACCCUCGACCCGUACCCACGAAAACCCACACCUGUGGAUGCAGAGGCAACUUCAGCGAAGUCAGUAAGAACUUGGUCAGGUGGAGAUCAGCUGGAGGUUGGAAACUCGAAGAACUUUUCCUUGUGAUGAGACCAGACGAUGGCAAGCAUCUCGAUUGGCAAAAUUUGCAAACUAUGCUGAACAAAACACGUUUCCCACUUCUACAUUCAGUAAACAUCGUCCAAGUAGGAGGACAGAAACCAACUACCUUUAAAUUAGUUGUAAUCUCUGGUUUCUAUGCAGCGUUGCGAUCAAUACAGCAAAAAUACAUUAUACACGCCUUCUUGGCCUACAUCACCUCCAUCACGCAGUCAGACAUUUUGAUCUGCCAUGGUCAACACAGCAAAGUCUAA